GCAGGCAACUGGGUCAUGACGUGAAGGGUCGAUCAAUACAACCCGUCUCUGACGGCUGUAGCUCGCUCGACAAAAGACAAAUAAGUGAAUUACGUUACGAAGCGACUAUGCCGCGGCGGUCGACCAGGUAGCACCCUGCAUCGGGCGCCGUGAGGGACAAUAAUAAUCGCUCCCAUCGUGAUGUUCAAGUUCAGAUAAACAGCGCCCAUAUUGUAGCGAAGCUCGAGAUGCGAUUGCAGUGGACUGAAACCGUGUCCUUGACAGGGACGACUGAAGAUAUUGACGAAAGGUAAUUCAGUGGCAUGCCGUGACAUCAAUGACUACGUGAUAGCGCAGCACUGCUAGAUGCGGAGAAGAAGUCGUGAACCGCCGGCCUGAUUGUUAGGCACGUUUUUGUGACGAUAUUCCGGGGUAAGGCCUAAGGAACAGAACAGAACCUGUCAAGAUAGGCCAAGAGAUAUCCUACAGGCUUCAUAACGCAUUGGUUGAAUAAUGCAUUGGAUGCACACUGCGGUGAGGUCGGGAAUGGGGUGGAUGAUGGUGCGCUCGUAAGAGAUGAAUGGAGAUGACGGCGUCGAUGAUUAUACAAAGAUCAUUGAUGUCGGAUGCCUACCUAACUAACACAGGACGGAGAGGUUAUCUCAAUGACAUUGCAUUUCGCACGGAUGCUAGGAAGGGAUCGGCAACUGCCACUCGCAGCACUGCGCAGAUAGAGAAAUGUUUAUAUUAUAAGAACUGCGGCUGGGUGGGCUGGGAGAGAGAAGGACGGCAGUGGUGCAAAUAUAGAAGCUGAGGAUAAGAAUGGGUGCAUGGAGAGACGUCAAGUCGCACGAAGGAUUCGGUGCUGAGUCAGAGGUGG